AUGAGUGGUAUGCAAAAACUCGACAAUCUGUUAGGGAUGAACAAGCCUGCUGAAAAUAGGCAUGGUCUGGGUUACGUUCAAAAUGGUGAUACUACUGUUAAUCCUAAGCCCAAUGACACAAAUUUCUUUGGAUCAAGACCUACUAGACAACGUAUGGUCAAUCAUCAUAUUUAUCGGCAACAACCACCGAGUAUGUUUGAAUCUAGGUUUAUUCCCAUAUGUCACCAUUGUGACGUACUGGGACACACAAGACUUAUGUGUCGUAAACUCGUGACUGGAAGUAAAAGUCAGGAUUUCUCUAGCAAGGUUAACUUUCUCGCUAAUCAGGAUACUCCAGAAAUAGUCGAGUAUAUCGGGGUAUACAAUACUCAUGCACGAGUUGUGAUGGAAUCCAUCAAUGUAGUGGUGGAUGAUGUCCGUAGUGAGGGAAAGAUUGGAGAAGAUUGUGUAGAUCUGGAACACUUGAGUGUUGGUCCCGACAUAGUAACUAAAUCUAGAGAAACUUUAGUUCCUGAUCCCUCAUACACAACUACCGGUUUAGAUACUCCUAAUAUGGAGUCCACACCUGAUGAUAAAUCUAAAUGUCCUAAAGAACCUUCGUCCAGAGUUAAGACGAACCAUCCUAAAGUUAAUAUUAUUGGAGAUAUAGAAGAAGGGACGCGACUUCGAAAGAGGGUAUUAGACAACUUCACAUAUGCUAGCUAUGUGUCUCAAAUUGAGCCUACAAAGGUCGAAGAAGCUCUUAGAGAUGAAUGGUUGGUUAACGCGAAGCAUGAAGAGCUAAAUCAGUUUGUGAGAAACAAAGUUUGA